CUAUAUUGGAUAAACCAUGAAAAAAAUAAAAUUAAAUUCUUUUAUUAAAGAUUUAUUUUUAUUCUACAACUUUUUCUACAAGCAAGGAAAACUGAUAAAUAUCCCUAAGAAACAUGCAAUCACAUUCCAGAUCCUUCUACUACCUUCCAGUGGGCGUUCUCUUCAACCCCCACAAUUCUCAUAUAAAGUCCCCUUCUUCCAUUUCUUCAUCAUCAACAAGCAAAAUUUUCAUCUUCAAAUCUCCUUCCUUCUCUUUUUCCAUUAAUCCCACCUUUUUUCUCUUCAGUUAUGGCGUCUUCAGAAUCAUCACAACCAACAGCAGCAGAAAUGCAAUCAUUUUUAGAGAGGAUAAUCAGUUCUAGAAACAGAGAUUUAUCCAUGUUCAUCCCUUUUCUUUUAGGGUUUACAAGCACAGACCCGAGUUCGACCCGAUCCAAUUCCGACACAAACGCGGAUGAACCAGAUCAUAAUUCCGGGAAUCCACCGAACCCAGAUGAAGAAAAUCAACGAGAUAGGAUUGUACUAAUCAAUCCAUUAACACAAGGGAUGGUGGUGAUCGAAGGAACAGGGCUAGAUUCUCUGUUUCGCAGUGUACCCAGUAAAGAUGGACCUCCCCCUGCAUCCAAAUCAGCGAUAGAGGCAAUCCCAAGCGUCGAAAUCAAAGAUGGUGAACAAGGUGAGUGUGUAAUUUGCUUGGAAGAGUGUGAAAUUGGUGGGGUUGUAAAGGAAAUGCCAUGUAAACAUAGAUUUCAUAGUGGGUGUAUUGAGAAAUGGUUAGCGUUGCACGGGUCGUGCCCUGUUUGCAGGUUUACGAUGCCGGUUGAAGAAGAAGAUGGUGGGAAGAAAAGGGAGGAAGAAAGAGAAGGAAGGAGAGGACAAAGAGAGAUUUGGGUUAGUUUUGCGUUUGGGCGUGGUAGGAGAAGAACAGAGGAAGAAAGAGAUAAUCAGAGGGAUCAGAAUCAGAACCAGAAUCAUGUUGAGAGUAGUGAGUUUGAGAUGGGAAAUUGAUUGCAAUUUUGUUAGUUUUGAACAACUUUGUAUAUAAAUGGUGGAAAUUUGGAAAUUGUUAAAAGAGAAAUAAAUUGGUUUUAUUUUUUUGAUUAA